CCCGUCCCUCCCCGCCCUUCCCCGCCUCGCUCCCCUCCCCCAUUGGCUCUUCUCCUCUCCUCGGGUACGCUGUCCGCUCGAAAGUGCGAGGAUGCUGCGUCUGCGUCCGGACGCCUUCGACGAGGAAGAUGACGAUGGGAUUACGCCGCUGCCGGAGCUCGACGCCCUGCCGGCGCGGAUGAUGGCCUCGCCCAGCCAGGAGGCCGACCCGGGCCUGGCCGGCCUCCGCCAUAGCCACCACCACCACCCAUCUUACGGGCCGCCCUUCGAGCAGAUGGCCUUUGACGAGGCCACGCCCGCCCCCCGGUCCGUCUUUCUAUCCCCCUCACAGCCGCAGGAGGACUUUGCCAGGGCCUCAAACAGCGCCUCGGCCGGGGGAGACCCCCAUCUGGCCGCCGGCGAUGCGCUCGACGAGUCCGACGCCCGGAUGACCUCGAACUUCUUCGCCAACACCGACCACGGCCCGGCCAUCCUGGCCGCAUUGAAAACCUUCCCGGCCAAUGACGACUCCUACGUCCUGCUGACCAUGCUCCGGACCGGGAUACGCUUCGACCUGGAGAUCCAGACGUCGCUGCUGGCGUCGCUCUUCAUCGACCGCAAGUUCUUCACGGAGUUCCACUGCCAGCAGCACUCAACCGUGCUCGUGCCGCUGAAUACCCUGAUCGACUGCCUGUCGCUCUUCUCGGCCAGCGCCCCGCCCGGGGCCGGGGCUCAGCAUGGGCACUAUGCCGCCUCGGGCGAGGGGAACCGCGCGAACAUUCCCUUCGAUCCCCCGGGCCCCGGGGCCGGUGCCAGCACCUUCACCCCGGCCUCCGGCUUGGCGUACCUGGAAAUCACCUGGGACUUCGACGGCCAGCUGAUGCUCAACAUCUUUUCCAACAAGGAGUACGCCUCGUGCGCCAUCAACACCCUGCAUGACACGCAGCGCAUGCACAGCAUCCUGCACCAGCACCAGGGCAGCCCGGCCACCGAGGUGGCCGUCAUCUCCAUGAAGGCCCAUUGGCUGCGGGACGCCUUCCACGAGAUGGACACCAACUCCGAUGUGCUGGCUGUGCGCAUCUCCGGCACGGAGGCCCCGUAUUUCAGCUUUGCCACCGACAAUGUCCUGUCCGGCUAUACCGAGUUCUCCUUCCCCCGCUCGGGUCGGGUGAUUGAUUGCUUCCGUGUCAGCCCUGGGCUGUCGACGGUGGUGUGCAACUUCACCAUCGAGCUGGCCCGGGCGUCCACCCGGGCCCUGGCCAUCUCCAACAUGGCGACGCUGCAUCUGUUCGAGGAGCGCCUCCUUCGGCUGUCCCUCCCUCUGGCUUUCUCGGACCGCGGGACGGCCGACAUCACCAACCAGACCCCGGAGAGUCAGCGCUUCCUCAUUGAGUUCACUACAGCUUAG